AUGGCGACUCUCGCAGACGAACUUCUCAAUGAUUUUGAGGACUCUGGCUCGGAAGCAGAGGAGACUCAGCAAGAUCAUGAUCCCUUAGGCCUCGAUCACGUACCCGAAGCGAGCGGUCGCAAAGCAUCGGGCGGGAUGGAUCUGGACGACGAUCGGAGCGAACCCGAAGAUGAAGAUGAAAAAAUGGUCGGCACCCUAGAAGGCGCUGUCGAUUCUGUCGAAGAUGCAGAGGAUACAAAAGCAAAGGUUGAAAAGAUGCAGCUGGGUGGUGUCAACGACGUUCGCAACGUCGCCAGUCUAAUGUCAAAUCUGGAGCCUGUGCUAGAGAAAAUCGCACACUACCAGUCACAACCGAUCCCUACGGAGCUGCUCGGCAAUAUCGAAGACCACCCCGAAUACCACCUCCUGACACAAUCGAACAGUCUAUCGACUCUCAUAGAUAGCGAGAUCGUCUUGGUACACAAGUAUAUCAGAGACCAUUACUCGAUACGAUUCCCAGAACUUGAAACGCUCAUCACCAACCCGCUGGAGUAUGCGAAGGUUGUUGCGAUCUUGGGCAAUGGGCCGCUUGAUUCGGAGAACAUCAAGAAGCUUCAGCACUCAACGGACAAUAUCCUUCAAGUCUCGUUGCGCUCUGUCCUCGACGGCCCAUCCCUCAUGAUCGUGACAGUGGAGGCUACAACAACGAAGGGCAGACAAAUGUCGCAAGAAGAACUAGAGCGCGUAUACAGAGCUUGCGAGAUGGUUAUCUCCCUUGACAAGGCGAAGAAGACCUUGACGGGAUAUGUCCAGUCGCGCAUGAAUCUUUUCGCGCCGAAUUUGACUGCUAUGAUCGGUUCCUUGACAGCUGCUCAACUGCUGAACGCCGCCGGUGGUCUUACUGGUCUAUCCAAAACACCUUCGUGCAACAUUGCAGCAUGGGGUUCGAAGAAAGGUGCUGGUGCCGCGGGCUUGGCUACGAAUAUCGGCGUCAGGCAACAGGGUUUUCUCUACCACUCACCGAUCAUUCAGGGCAUUCCCAACGAUCUCAAGAGGCAGGCCAUGCGUAUCGUAUCAGCUAAGCUGUUGCUUGCGGCCCGUGUGGACAGGAUUCACUCCAGCGCCGACGGUUCGACAGGCGAGGAUCUCAAGGAGCAGUGCCUCACAAGACUUGAGAAGCUUACGGAACCGCCCCCGAACAAAGGGCCCAGGGCUCUCCCCGUGCCUGACGACAAGCCUUCCCGCAAGCGUGGUGGAAGAAGGGCAAGGAAGGCCAAAGAGGCUACGGCAAUGACAGAGCUGCGCAAAGCCCAGAACAGAAUGGUCUUUGGCAAGGAGGAGCGCGAGGUCGGCUACGGUACGGGGGAGACCACCGUAGGCAUGGGUAUGAUCGGACAGGGUAACGAUGGUAGAAUUCGUAACCUUCAAGUCGAUCAACGCACGAGAGCAAAGCUCGGUCAGAAGAACAAGGGCUGGGGCGGCGCAACACCCGUGAACGGAGCCGCAUCUUCGCUCAAGGGCUUUGGACAAUCGGCAAACUCCAACAUUGACCUACGCGGCAAGGGCCUGAGGACGUCAGGUGUUGGCACGUCGCUGGGCGCGGGAGCGGGCACGGCGUCGUCGUUGGCCUUCACACCCGUCCAGGGUCUGGAGCUUGUAGACCCCAAGGUCCAGGCUGAACUCAGUCGCAAGCGAAAGGCUGAAGAGGACCGGUGGUUCAAGGGCGGCACCUUUACUCAGGUCGCGGGCUCGUCCAAUGAUGGUUUCAAAAAGCCUGACUUGCCUCCCCAUAAAAAGGUAGAUACCGGCGCCGGUAAGAUGGGACCUCCACCUCCGCGGGGCGGCUGA